AUGGAUACGGUUAAAACUAUGGUAAGAAGUGUACUGACUUCUAGUCCAGCAUCAUUAUCAGUUGAUCGGUUAUGUAAAGAAUAUAGGGAUAUUUUAGGUGAAAAUAUUCCUUUUCAGAAAUUAGGUUAUAAUUCAGUGGAACAUUUUUUAAGGGAUAUUCCAGACACUGUACAGUUAGUUGGUAGCGGACGUUUUGCUACAGUCAACUUGGUCUUUUCUGAAAAAUCAGCCCAUAUUGCACAAAUGGUGUCAAAACAAAAGUUAACCAAAAAGAAAAGGCAGCCUUACCAAAGAAGAACAGUAGUAGUUCCACCACAACGUUCAGCGCACAAUGUCGAUAGUAUCAGACCUGUUGAAAGACAGAAAAUGGUAUAUCCACCAAUUAAACCUUUAUUUCCACCUACACAGAAUAUGGCAAAUCCACCAAUUAAACCUUUAUUUCCACCUACACAGAAUAAGGCAAAUCCACCAAUUAAACCUUUAUUUUCACCUACACAGAAUAUGGUAUAUCCACCAACUAAACCGUCACGUACACCUACACAGAAUAAUGUUGGAACAAAUUAUUCUAAUUACAAAAAAACUAUCUAUGGACCUCCUUCACCUUCAACUUCAGGACAUUCAACUGCUGGCACAAGUAGUCCAGAACAGAAUGAAUCACGUGUCAAGCCAUUUGAAUAUAAAAAUAAUUGUGUAAAUACUGAUCUUAUUUCAAAUGUACAAAAUUUGUCAAUUUCAAAAAGCAGUCAAAGUUUAAAUCCGGUGAGAAGAACGAAUAAAAGUUUAUCACAAAAUAAUUUUGGUAGAUUACAACAAUCUCAAAAUGACCAUACAAAUAUCGACAAACAUACUUUAACUAAAAAUGACCUAUUUUCCGUAAAGGACGAAGAAGAUAAUGUGCCUGCUAAUAUAAAAAAUAAUCUAAGGCUAUUAAUACAACAACACCCUGAAGGUAUGUGGUGUACAGAACUUCCUAAUGCUUACAAGAAAAUGUUUAAAACGGAGUUGAAAUUUUUUGAGUUGGGUUUCCGAAAUCUCAUAGAGCUUUGUGUGUAUUUAAAAUCAGUAUUUCAUUGGGUAAGGCCGGGUCAAGGUGAUUUUAAGUUAUAUGACAGAAGUAAACCAUUACCUAACAAUGCAGAAAAAAAUUUCACUGUAGCUAGUUAUACCAAACCAAUAGAAACUAUUAGUAAAACUCAAGUUGACGGUGCUGUACCUCCUCUUGGCUGGGAUGACGUGUUAUGCUUCUUACCGCAAAAUAUAUUAGAACCAGGUGACGAAAUUCCUCGUUAUUUUGUGCCCUCCGAGACAGCGGAAAACGACAUUUUAGAUGUAGUAGUCUGUGAAAUAUGUGAUGCUUCCAAAUUUUGGGUUUAUAUUAAUGAUGGAAAGCUGGAUAAACUUAUGGAUGAUAUGCAAGAUUUCUACCACAAACAUGGAGAUAAAUACAAAGUGCCCAAAGAACUUAUACGAAAAGGUCUAUAUUGUGCAAGUAUAAUUUUUGGGGAGUAUCACCGAGGUUUGGUUACAGAGAUCAUGAAUAAUGGUAAAAACAAAAUAUUUUACAUCGAUUAUGGCACCAUAAGAGUAGACAGUAAUGAGCUAUACUUCCUCCACAAUCGGUUUUCCGAAUUACCGGCUCAGACACUUAGAUGUAGAUUGACUGGCAUCCAUCCCGUAAUCAAAGGAGCAGCGUGGUCUCCAGAAUGUACAAUUGAGUUUAAAUCGUUAACUAAAAAAGGAAAAUUUGUGGCUAAAAUAUCAAGGAUUAAGUGGGAGGAUCAAAUAUUAGAAGUUUUCUUAGCUGAUGUAACGAGCUCACCUGUUUUCUACAUAAAUGAUCGUUUAGUGAAACAUGGUCAUGCUGUAUACGUUGAUCAAGAGCAGCAGACAAUUAAAGUAGAUUCUUUAAGCACACAAAUAGUAUCCAAUUUGCAUUUGUUUCCGACUUUCAUGGAAUUAGAAUAUGGAUUGGCACCUUCCUACGAAAUGGACAAUUUUUAUGAUUUGAACGUUCCUAUAAAAUUUUGUUAUCCCCAAUAUUUUGAUAUGGAUUAUACUAAUGAAGAACGUUCAAAUGAAGAACGUUUCGAAAAUUAUGAAAAUAUGAUAUUGCAAACAAUAAGAACCCAAAAAUUCCAGUUUUCGAGAAAAGAUAUUGCGUAUUUCGAAGACAAAUCAGUUAGUUACGACUUUUUUGGCGCAUUAAGAGACGAAAUCGAAGAAUUUUCCUUAAAAAAUAAUCUGACCAAAGCACGAGAAAAUGAAAAAGAAAGUGAUUCUGCUGAAGAAUUAAAUUAUCAUGGUCAAGAAGAAAUUCAAAAUAAAUUAUAUACAGAGGAACAAGAUUUAAAAAUUAAAGCUUUAAAUGAACUUACGAUAAAUCGACUGCUUUCAGAAGAUAUUCUCAAAGAUAUCACAACGAUACGUACAUAUUCGGAUGCAAGCGCAGAAGAUUUGAUGAAAGAAUUAGACGGUAUGUCAGAAUAUGCAGAAAGCCAUCAGUCUAUCGUUGCAGAAGAGGAGGAUCAAGAUAUAAAUCAUAAGUACUAUGACUACGAAAAAAAUAGUGAACCUUCUGAUUAUCAAAACCAUCAAGAUCGAUUACUUUCAUCAAUCACUAGUACACAAGAUGAUUUAUCUGUUGUUAAUAUUAGUCGACAUAACUCUCAAUAUCCACCAUUUAAAAAUAGAUUUGAUUACUCUGAAGACAAUAUAACGUCGCCCCAGUUACAACCUGAAGGCACGGCAAGUGAAACUUACUUUGAGGAUAAUAUUUCUGCCAAAAUCUGUGAAGGUAGUUAUACAGAAAAACAGAAGUCUACCAAUCCUUUUUGGAAUUCUGACAAGAGUAGCGAGCAUAUUAACAGGCUACAUCCAACAAAUCCCUUUUUAUAUUUUCUCAAGGACGAAGAAGAACAUUCUGAUCAAAGGACGCUUGAUGUGUCUACUUCAGUGUCCUCUAACAAUGAAGUUGAAAUUCAAAGAAGAUUGAAUGCGGUGGUUAGCAGUGCAAAUUCCGUCUUAAUGACUACAAAUAAUCCAAUAAAGACUAAAAAUACAAAUGUUUCUACUGCUUGCCAAACCAAUAGGAACAGUGCUCAAUCAAGUUUAGACGUUAAUGCUAUUCCAUUUUAUCCAGCUUAUAAUUGCACAGUUCCAAUCAAUCCAUUAUGUGGAUAUAACUUCCCUGUGUAUGAUCCCACUGUUUAUUAUAACCCUUAUUAUCAUCGAACGCCAGCUUUUAUGACACCUUCAUUUACGCAGUCGUUCGAAAUACCCACCAGUUUCAACACACCUAGAUGUCCUCCUCCUCCGGGUUUUACACCGAAGUAA